AUGGCUACAAUCAAAUCCUCCAUUAUGAUCAUUCUCAUGAUAUCUAUAAUAAAUUUUAGCCUAUCAAAGGCAAAUACGACAUUACCAAAAUUUCCUGCAAUUCUAAUUUUUGGUGAUUCUACAGUUGAUACUGGUAAUAAUAAUUAUGUUACGACAUGGGUCAAAUGUAAUUUCCGACCAUACGGAAAAGAUUUCCCGAACCAUAUUCCGACCGGAAGAUUUUCUAACGGAAAACUUAUUCCUGAUUUUAUUGCAUCAUUAUUUGGUAUUAAAGAAACUGUUCCACCAUUCAUGGAUCCAAACUUAUCCGAUAACGAAAUCGUUACGGGGGUUAAUUUUGCGUCAUCAGGUGCCGGUUAUGAUGAGUCCACAUCUUUAACAUCUAAUGUAGUUUCAGUUCAAAAACAAGUUGGUUUGUUCAAGGAUUAUAUUGCAAGACUUGAACGAAUUGUUGGGCAAGCGAAGGCCAAAGAAAUUUUAAAUGGUGCACUGGUGAUUAUUAGUUCAGGAACUAAUGAUUGGACUUUUAAUUUUUAUGAUAUACCUUUAAGAAGAUUGAUGUUUAAUGUAGAUCAGUACCAAGACUUUUUGUUGACUGAAAUACGAAAAAUAUUACUGGACCUGUAUAACCUCGGUCUCAGAAAGGUGGUAGUGGCCGGACUCCCUCCGAUCGGUUGUCUACCGGUGGAAAUGAUUAAGAAGUUCGGUAGUGCGUGUAUGGACAACGAGAACUCAGAUUCUGAAGGUUUCAAUGUAAAGCUUCAAAAGUUGCUACCUGACGUCGAGUCAAUGCUGCCGGAGAGCCACAUUUUUUAUGCUAACAUAUAUGACCCUUUAAAAGACAUGAUGGAUAAUCCACAAAAAUAUGAUUUUGUGGAUUCAAGGAAAGGGUGCUGCGGUUAUAUACCUUUCCAGAUACAAUAUGCCCAGGAUCACGUAAUUUCACCGGUCUGCAGAAAUUCUUCACAAUAUUUAUUUUGGGAUGGUGUUCAUCCGACAGAAGCCGCAUACCGGUACCUCUCUUUGAGCAUCCAGAAAGAUAUUCUACCCAAGUUCAUGAAUAUCACCUCCAAUCUCUGAUUCAUUCAAUAACUUAGGGUUGUACUAAAUUACUAAUCAGAAAAAAGUUGAUUUAAUUCACUUUUUGGCCUUCUGAUUCUAUUCAUUCUAUAAUAAAAUCAAUUUUUCUGUUU